UAAAGUGUAGUAAAAACUUGUGUCGCAUGAAUCGUUGGUGUUUCCUGGUAGUUGCCAAAGCAGUGAAAGCUAAGCACACUUUCAGUUUGUACGUUCAUAGGAACUGAUAUACCUGCCAUGUAGUGCCAAUUCUACAGCAUGCUGUCUGCAGAAAUCAGAAAUCGUCGAGCAGGAACAACAAAGGCCUCCAUGACCCGUGUGCACUCUAUUGUCUCGGACGCCACCUAUAGACUGAAAAGGCUUCCUGUGAGGGCCAAGUGUUUUCUUAUUUUUGCUGCAAUACUGUCAUUUUACUUGUAUGGAAGUAUAUUUUUAUCUCUUACCAAGAACCACUUGACAGAGGAAUCAUAUUUACAAACAGACAAGUGUCCAGCAUGUUUUGGACACAGUAUAUGCACGGACCUGAAAGAUGGCCUAGUGAAAAUGAAGGGAUGGUCAAGAUUGAAAUUUCUUGAUUUUGUGAAUUUAAAGAAUGUGCAUCUUGGUCAUCAUGAGGGAUUAGACAAACCUGUUAUUUUAAAAAAGCUUGCCCAUAAUGCUGAAUGGCAGAACAUUGACAACAAAAUUUGCACAGAUGCUAACAGACCUCUUGGUUGUGAUGUGGCAAGGGUUCUUGAUAAGAUGAAAACUACUAAUUCAAUUCAGAGAGAAGGAUUACAACCCAAACACCUCAAAGAUUUAAACUACAUGUUUUCCUGUCCUACCUUUAACCUGAUUGACAGAAUAUACAGAUAUUAUAAGGAGAAAGUUUACCCUGAACGUCGUGAUGUGAUGUUUAGAGAUAAGCUACAGAUAUAUGCCACUGCUAUGGUUAAUCCAGAGCCACUCAUACUUCAGACAUUCCCCAAAAAUGAAGGUUGGCCAUUUCCAGAGUAUUUUGGAGCUUGUGGCAGGUUUAUUGUAGUGAGUAAUGAAGGGGAACCUCUGAACAACUUCUACAAUUCUCCUUGGCAUAAACGGGCUGAUUUAGCAUACCAGAUAAUGAAGAUUGCAGAAAGACUGACAAACCAUGGCAAACCUUAUGGUCUGUAUUGGACAGAUCUUAGUUAUGAGAACUUGGUGGUAGAUGAUGCAGGAAGAGUGACAGUGGUGGAUGUAGAAAAUGUGGUAGUGGUAGAUAGAACAGCUAUUCGAAAAGUGAAACCAAAAGGUUACAAUACUUUGCUGGAGUCAAAUUUUGAUGACUGUGGAGGGAAAAACUGCUUGGUCUUCUCCACUGAAGAUCUGUGUACUCACAUAGAGUCUGAUCACAACUACUUCGCAGCCUGUCGCAAUCUCCUCUCCAAAUACGCCAACGAAGGGGAUCUUGGUAUGCCAGACGGUCUUCUCCAUGAUAUGCCCAAUUAUGCACGGGAUGACCAUGAUCUAGAACACCUGCUGAAUGAAUGUGUACAUCCCACUUCUGCUGAAGGAAGAAUCAAAGCUAAACAAAAGAUCAUGGAAGCACUCGAUGUGCUUCGUAAUAUUAGGGACUCUAAAGAUGUAGCAGAGGGGGAGAGAAUUUAAUCUUCGUGAAGUUUAGUUGUUUACCAAGUAUGUAGGUCAACUGUUGAAAAGGAAGGCAUAUAAAACAAAUUUUGAUCUCAGAAAACUUAUACCUGUGAUGCAUAUGUUGUGAUUUGGCUGUUAUAAUACAGUUAUUCUCAGGUUACCAUACAAACAACACCUUUAUUCUGUUAGUAAGCUAUAUAGCAUUCAAAGAUAGACACAUCUACUAAAACAAGCUCUUAUUUGUACAGCAAAAGUAUUCAUUUUUAUAUAUUUUCUUCAAAGUUUGAUGUCAGUAAUAUUCCUUCAGUAGUGAUAUAUUCCAAAACAGUUGUAUUAAAUUUUGUGUUUGUUUGCCUGCCAUUUUGUUUCCUAAGUUAAAAUUUUCAUAAUCUUGGUUUUCUUAUAGAUGUUGGUCAAACAACCAUUUGAUGGUAUUUUGUAUGGCUAAUUUUUAAAAGAAUUUUUUUUCUGUUGAUAUUUUUUUUUAAAACGGUUGAUGGUAUAUUUAUUAAUGGUUUUUGGUGCUUUGUCAACACAAAAAAGUGCACAUGUACAUAUCUCGGUAUAUCUACAGAGACACGAUGUGGUAGACCAAAGUUGCAUAGUAAAGUAGACCUAUAGUGCAACACAGUGAUAUAGACCUUUAUGACAUAGAGAGGUUGACAAUUUAGUAACAGUGAGUAGAGUUCACUGACUAUAGAAGUGGUUGAUCCAUAUAGUAACACAGUUAGGAAGACUUUACUGACUAGAAGUGGUUGAUCUAUAGUAACACAGUAUUAAAGGUAGACUUUACUGACUAGAAUUGGUUUACCUUUAGUAACAGUGAGGUAGACUUUACUGACUAGAAUUGGUUUACCUUUAGUAACAGUGAGGUAGACUUUACUGACUAGAAUUGGUUUACCUUUAGUAACAGUGAGGUAGACUUUACUGACUAGAAUUGGUUUACCUUUAGUAACAGUGAGGUAGACUUUAUUGACUAGAAUUGGUUUACCUUAGUAACAGUGAGGUAGACUUUACUGACUAGAAUUGGUUUACCUUUAGUAACAGUGAGGUAGACUUUACUGACUAGAAUUGGUUUACCUUUAGUAACAGUGAGGUAGACUUUACUGACUGGAAUUGGUUUACCUUUAGUAACAGUGAGGUAGACUUUACUGACUAGAAUUGGUUUACCUUUAGUAACAGUGAGGUAGACUUUACUGACUAGAAUUGGUUGAUCCAUAGUAACUUAGUAUUAAAAGUAGACUGUACAGACUAGAAUUGGUUGACGUUUAGAAACAGUGAGGUAGACCUUGCUGACUCAAAGAGGUUAAGCUAUAGGAACACAGUGAGGUACAGGUAGACUUUACUGACACAGUGAGCUAGACUAACAGAGAUCAGACAAACAUAUAUAGUGAAAUAAACUUUUAGUGACAGUGACUGAAGUAGACCUUACUGGUUCAGAAAAUAAGACAUUUAAUGAAACUACAAUUAAGGAAGGAUAUAAUGAGGUAAACUUUUUUUCUUAAUGUAGGUCUAAUGUGAGGAGGCAGAUACACUAAAAUAUUGCUAUAGUCACUGUGAAUAACCUUACUGGCACAGAGAAGGAGGCCUUUUAAAUAGUGACAUAACAAUAAAGGAAGGUUUUAGAGACACAGUGAUGUAAACUUGUCUGACACAGCAUGGUAGACCUAGAACAUAUAGAUUGAUGUAGAUCAUAGGAUGACCUAUAGUUUUCACGGGUGAAACAAUUCAAUAUUUGUGCAGUCAUGCUCUGCUUGUAUGAAAAAAAAAAGUUUGAUGUAUUUUAUUAAAAGAGGUAUCUUCUAUACUUGAUGUUCAGGUAUUAUGCUGUGAAGUAAACUGUAUUUGGAUUGGUUCUUUUAAAUGUUUAGAUUUGCAUAUUGAAUUGAUUGUUAGGCACAUACUGUUCUAUUUACACACAAUCAUAAAUGUAUGCAAAAAGUGUACUAUAUUCAUUGAUAAAAAUCAUCUCUACGCAAAUACUUUUAGUUGAAUUACUAUUAAGUCUUUGAAUCAUUGCUACUAUUUUCCAAUUUCUAUAGUUAAUUCCAUAUUGGUUAUAUUGUUGGUUUAUACAUUUAUACAUGUAUAUAUUGCAUCAUCCAUAUUGUUACAUAUUGUAUUUUCUUGGUUUUCUGAGAAGCAAAAAAAUUUGUAAUAUUCUAGAGUAUUGCCAUCUUACUAAUUCCAGAAUGACUUAAUCAAAAUUAUAUAUGGAUGUUGAUUAUCCUAAUCAUUCGCUACCAGAUUAAAAAAAACAGAAAAGAUAACAAAUCUACUAUGAAAAUGAAAAAAUAACUUAAGAGCUCGCUUGGACAAAUUUUGCAAAUUAUCUAAAAACUUUUUCAACAUUUCCUUUAUGUUUCUACUCAGAAAUCUUAAAUGUUUUCAAACGAACCAUAUAUAAGUAUAUGUCAUUUAUAAGUGUUAACUUGUUUUAAUUAAAACUUUACAAUAUUAUCA